CUUUAAUUGUUCAGCGUUUGCCGAACUCGGGAGUGGCUUUUGGCGACCUCUGGGCGCGCGCAGCGACGCACGAGCGCAUAAAGGUGGAUCUGGGACAAUGUGUGUGUAGCCCCGGAAGAGACAAAGGGAUUAUAACAUCGGAGCUUUUCUUGUCUUUUUUUAAAUUAAGUGUAGAAAACAGGCAAGUUCCGAGGUUAGAAUGAAGCGGGUCAGACCAGGUUUUUACUUGAAGGAAAUAAACCAAACCUCGUGGAGAGUGCCGGAGCGGUACCAGGACCUGAAGCAGGAGGGGGUGGGAGCGUACGGAACAGUGUGCUCAGCUCUGGACACCAGAACAGGAGCCAAAGUUGCAAUCAAGAAGCUCUACAGACCCUUCCAGUCUGAAAUCUUUGCAAAGCGGGCCUUCAGGGAGCUGAGGCUUCUCAAGCACAUGAAACACGAGAAUGUGAUCGGUCUGCUGGAUGUGUUCACGCCAGACCUUAGUUUGGACAGGUUUCGGGAUGUUUUUAUAGUGAUGCCGUAUGAGCUGACAGAUCUGGGAAAGUUGAUGAAGAAGCUUAAGCUAUCAGAUGAAAAAAUAAAGUAUCUGGUUUAUCAGAUGCUUAAAGGUCUUAAGUACAUUCAUUCUGCUGGCGUGAUUCACAGGGAUUUAAAACCAUCAAAUCUUGCUGUCAACCAGGACUGUGAGCUCAAGAUUUUAGACUUUGGUUUGGCACGGCAGACGGACAGUGAGAUGACGGGGUACGUUGUGACUCGCUGGUACCGGGCUCCAGAGGUCAUGCUGAACUGGAUGCAUUAUACACAAACUGUGGAUAUUUGGUCGGUGGGCUGCAUCAUGGCAGAGAUGCUGCAAGGAAAACCUCUUUUUAAAGGGACCGACCAUCUAGAUCAGCUGGACCAGAUCUGGAAGGUCACAGGAACGCCGACCAAAGAAUUCAUAUCAAAACUGGAGUCGGAGGAUGCUAAAGAAUACCUAAAGAAUGUGUCACCAAUGCCCAAAGCAGAUAUGCAGAAGUUGUUUUCUGGUGCUGGUCCACAUGCUGUGACGGUGUUGGAGCACAUGCUGCAGCUGGAUCCGGAGGCCCGGAUAACGGCUGCAGAGGCGCUCACCCUGCCUUACUUUGCAGAGUUUCGAGAACCAGACGAGGAGACGGAGGCUGAGCGGUACGACGAUGUGAUUGACAACUCCGACCUCAGUGUGGAUCAGUGGAAACGACAUGUCUUCACUGAGAUCUUGACCUUCAAGCCUGUUUUGUCAAAUUCCAAAGAAUCUGCCCUUUAAGACUCCCAAGCUGAUGACUAGAACAAAUUAAACGUCGCCUAAAAUCUGCAAUUUGAUCACAAGGCCUAAUGAAGCCUGCUCAGGAUGUUCAGAUGUCAAACAGCUGUAAAAUAACUCUUGCAGCAUUAAAGCACAAAGUUUUA